AUGGAGUCUGAAAAGCUAAUAGAGGCUUUGGGGGCAUUAGGACUUAACACUGAUGGUACUCUGCAGCAGCGCGGCGAGAGACUUAUUCUGUCAAAGCAAGCAGGUUUGGAAAAGAAACACUCACUAAUGGAGGCCAAAGUGAAUAAACUCUGCAAUUUACUUGAUGAGACAAUCAAAAGGACAAAACAAAAGGUAGAAAAGAGACAGGCUUUGGCAUUUGGAGAGAUGGAGGAAGAGGAAGUUCAUACAGAACCAGAAACUGGUCUUGACGAUGAUUACUACAAUCCGCUGAAUCGGGCAAUGGGAGUACAAUUGCGAGAUAUGUGGGAACGAAAGCUAUGGGGGGAAGAGGGACAUUUAAAAAAAUGGUGUCACCGAUUGAAAUUGCGUCGCUUAGGAAUCCAAGAAACAGAGAAGUUCAACGGAAUCACUUCGAUUGAGGAAGCAAAGGAACUGUCGGGGGAGAGGAUGCCAAAGAGGCAAAGGCUCAUCCCGCCACGACCACUAGACGCUGAUGGGAAUGUCGGACCAGUUCUUGCGGAUCAAGAAACCGAAAAGAAGAGUUCGAAUCAAGUUCCGUCGGGUGUAGUAAUUCCACCUCAAGAUAUCAAAAGUGUGGUCAAGAGAACCGCGCGUAUCCUUUCGAUAAAAGAUUCGGAGUUUGAGAGGAAGAUGAUAGACAUGUAUGGGAAUCGUGCACUAUUCAAAAUGUUUGAAGAGCUCUGA